AUGCCAGUACUCCACUCCCGCUCGCCUCCCUCCGCAACUUUCCCCUCGCAUCUGCAGGCCGGCAAGGGCGACAUCUACGGCAUCCCGCGAGCCGAGUGGCUCCGCCUGCAGUCUCCUGCGCGCUACCUCGGCAACGAGUUUGGGGCCUGCCACAAGCCGUGGAGCCAAGCCGACAUCCGCUUUGCCCUGACCUACCCCGAAGUCUACGAAGUGGGUGCCUCCAACCUGGGCCACAUCAUCCUGUACGGCAUCCUCAACCAGCAGGAUGGCCUGCUGUGCGACAGGGCCUACUACCCUGCAGAGGACAUGCAGGAGCUGCUGGCCAAGCACGGGCGGCGGCUGUUUGGUGUGGAGAGCCGGCGGCCGCUGGAUGAGUUUGAUGUGUUGGGGUUCAGCCUGUCGUAUGAGCUGGGGGGCACCAACAUCCUGGAGAUGCUGCGGCAGGCGGGGGUGCCGCCCACCUGGGAGGAGGAGGCGGGCAAGCCGUGGGACCCGGCUGGCGGCUCCUUCCCGCUCAUCUUUGCCGGCGGGCCCACCGCCACCUCCAACCCAGAGCCCUUCUCCAUGUUCAUGGACUUCUUCGCCCUGGGCGACGGCGAGGAGGCGCUGGUUGAGAUCGGGCAGUGCCUGCGGCAGUGCCGGGCCGAGGGCCUGGACCGAGAUGCCACCCUCUACCGGCUGGCGACCAGCGUGGAGGGAGUGUACGUGCCUCAGUUCUACGACGCGCCCGGCGGCUGGGGCGGCGCCGUGUUCCCCAUCCGCGAGGGCGUGCCCGAGCGCAUCCAGCGGCGGGUCUGCGCCCCAGACCCUUUCCAGCAGAUCGGGCUGGUGCCAUUUGUGGACACGGUGCACAACCGGCUGACUGUGGAGAUCCGGCGCGGCUGCACACGCGGCUGCAGGUUCUGCCAGCCGGGCAUGCUGACGCGCCCCGCACGCGACGUGGAGCCCAGCCGGGUGGUGGAUGCGGUGGAGCACGGCAUGCGCCUCACCGGCUACAACGAGUUCUCCCUCCUCUCUCUGUCCUGCUCCGACUACCUGUCCCUGCCCUCGGUGGGCAUCCAGAUCAAGAACCGGCUGAAAGACGAGAACGUUGCGCUCAGCCUGCCCAGCCAGCGCGUGGACCGCUUCGACGACGACAUCGCCCACAUCGUGACCAACAGCGCCAAGCGCAGCGGGCUGACGUUCGCGCCUGAGGCUGGCACGCAGCGCCUGCGCGACAUCAUCAACAAGGGCCUCACAAACGAGGAGCUGCUGCGGGGGGUGAAGACGGCCUGGGACAAGGGCUGGCGCCAGAUCAAGUUGUACUUCAUGAUCGGCCUGCCCGGCGAGACGGAUGCGGAUGUGAUGGGCAUCGCUGAAACAGUGGAGUGGCUGCAGCGCGAGUGCCGGCAGGGCAAAUUUCACUUGGCCGUGAAUGUGACCAUCAGCAACUUCACCCCCAAGCCCCACACGCCCUUCAUGUGGCACACCGUCAGCACGGCCGAGUUCCUGCGCAAGCAGACCAUGCUGCGCGGCGCGCUGCGCAAGCUGCACCAGUGCAAGGCCAACUUCACCCCCGUGGGCAUCAGCGCUAUGGAGGACUUCAUCGGGCGGGGCGACCGCCGCAUCGGCGCCGUCAUCAAGCGCGCCUGGGAGCUGGGCGCCACCAACGACGCCUGGUGGCAGAGCCAGGAGCAGGCCUUCCAGGCCUGGACGCAGGCCAUCGCAGGCGAGCGGGGCGGGGCAGGCAAGUGCGGCAUGGACUGGAAGUAUCGGCAGGUGGAGAGCGGGGAGUGGGAUGUGCUGGAGCACCUGCGGCUGGAUGCGCCGCUCCCGUGGGACCACAUCGACACAGGCAUCUCCAAGUGGUGGCUGAAGGCUGACCUGCAGCGGGCGCUGGAGGCAGCCACCGUGCCAGACUGCAGCCACUCUGGCAUCUGCACCGAGUGCGGCGUGUGCGACGAGGGGGAGUCGUUUGGGGAGAAUGUGGUGUUUGAGCCGCCGCACAUCCCCGCAUUCGAGGGCCACUACCGCCCCAACUCCACCCGCGCCCAGCGCCUGCGCUUCAGGCAUGCAUGCCGCAGCCAGUUCAGCAAGACGGGGGACAUGGUGUUUGUGGGGCACCUGGACCUGAUGAAGACCUUUGACCGCAGCUGCCGCCGCGCCGCGCUGCCCAUCUCGGCCGACGAGUCGCCGUUUGCGGUGCGGCAGCGUAUCUACGCGGCCCUGCCGCUGCCGCUGGGCGCCACCAGCGCCUGCGAGUGGCUGGAGCUGGUGCUGACGGAGCGCUUCGAUCCCCAGGACGUGCGCACCAGGCUG